CACACCGCAGAACGACCACUCACAGUACUCCACUCGUCUCCAGAAUGGCCUGCAGAGGAACCGCCGUGGUGCUGGUGCUGUCGGCGCUGAUGUACAACGCCUGUGGCAGCCAGUCGGACACAUACGAGUAUGAAAGCAAGCCAAAGAGGGGCCUCGAAGCUUCUUUAGCGUAUGGAUAUCCAGGGGUUGCAGUGCCCGCGGAUGGUUCGUUGGUGCCUGCGCGGGGUUACUUCUUCCCGGGACCGCACACCGCUCCGCAGUUGCCACUGCAACAACCGCUGGCAGCUUCCCAUCCUGGCCACUACGCAGCGCCGCCGUCGGCGCCUGGUGCUCCCUUCGCCCUCUACGCAGCGCCACACGUCUCGUACGCGGCCCCUCCAGUCCCCCGCUACGUUAGGAGAGCAGUUCACAAGCCGCAGUACUUGAUUCUGAGACCAAGACACAGAUUUAUGGUCGCCAACGAACAAUGAAUGUUGCAAACCUCAUACAUCACAUACUAUUUAUUGAACUCAUUUUCCUUACUCUGCUGAAGGUGAUAGUAAUGAUGUAA